AUGAAAAGCCCUGCUUUGCAGUUCCUCAGCAUGGCAGGACUACAACUCAUGACCCCGGCUUCCUCACCAAUGGGUCCUUUUUUUGGACUUCCAUGGCAACAAGAAGCAAUUCAUGAUAAUAUUUACACACCAAGAAAAUACCAGGUACUAAUGACAAUGUUAAUAUUUGUUAAGCAAAAUGAAAUCUGGCUGCUUCCUGGAGACUGACCAUGAGGCUGGUAUCCGUCUUACAUGCAUUUCCAUUAGAAUGAACCGCAGUGAAAAGAGACCCUUUUCUCUUCUUCGCUAACACUAGAAGCAGUGAAGAUAUCAGCACUAGCGUCUUUGGCUUACUGAGAUAAUUUAUUAUAGCGCCAGCAAUUAGCUUGUCACACUUGAGGGAUAUUUGACUAAACAGAAGAGUAUUUGAUUAAAGUGCUCAUGGUCUUACCAUGAAGUUGCUACUUUGAUGAAGAUUAAAUAAAUAAGAGUGAAUAAAAAUAUGUGAGGAAACAUCCGUGACAAUAAGCAGUCUUCCUCUUUGCAUAAAUGGAACUACUUUCUUUUCUAUUAUCAUUGUUAUUUGUCACCUAUGUCUUGCCUUUGUCAUGGGCUGAAUGAUUCCAGCUGCUCAGCCCCUCCCCUGCCUCAGAGGACUUCUCUGGUCUCUACUGCCUAGUAGACAGGGACUAUGUGGAAACACCAAGAAAAAACAAAGAUGAGCGUAGGAAAUGCCACUUGUAUAAUCCUGCCAUCAUAUAAUGUUUCUGUUCCUGAUAUCAGACUUAAGUAUGUUUUUUAUUUUGCAAGUCUUAAAAUAACUUUGAGAGCCUCUAAGGCAGGCAUUCCCAAACUCGGCCCUCUAGAUAUUUUGGGACUACAACUCCAAACACCCCUAGCUUACAGGACCAGUGGUCAGGGAUGAUGGGGAUAUAUGGGAAUAUAAAGUGGAACAUAAGCAUUCUAAAUAAAUAAGAACUCAGUAAAACUUUCAGAACUGCAUGUUUCAAGAACACUGCUCUGCAUUUUAAAGUGAUUCUGGCAAAUUACAACUUUUAUGAAAAAUUCACAUAACGUCAGUUGUUUUAAAGGUUUGAAUACUAAAUAUUUUAGAGCUGAUUUAGGUAAGCCAUUUGUUGCUCAUACUGAAGUCUCUAUGUAACUACUCCUGUAAGCUCAUCCAUGCAACAAAGUUAUAUUAGAAUAGGAUUUCAAGGGAUAAGGAUCUUAAGGUCCUGUUGAAAACUUUACAUGACAGUUUGCUGUACUGCAACUAUUCCAUGUGUAAAGCGUUCACAGAAAAAUUCCAAAAGGUAUAUCACAGGGUGGAAGGAGAAAUGUCAGAUAGACUUUUAGAUGUUUUAGGUAUGCAGUUCAUUGACUUUCUUUGGCUGAUACAUCAGAGAGACAUCUAUGUCUUGGAUUGUCUUUCAUUGAGUCAGCUGAAACCUGUCUACAUGUAAUUUUAAGGAUUCUUUUUUAAAAAAUAAAAUAAAACAUUUUGUAUUUGCCAAUACAGGUUGAACUGCUGGAAGCAGCUCUGGAUCAUAAUACAAUAGUCUGUUUAAACACUGGCUCAGGGAAGACUUUUAUUGCAGUACUACUCAUUAAAGAACUGUCUUAUCAGAUCAGGGGAGAUUUUAACAAAAAUGGAAAAAGAACAGUAUUCUUGGUCAACUCUGGUAAGGAAGUAAUACACAUUUUUGUAUGGUACAUAAUUGAUAAGGAUUGGAUAAGUGUUCAAACUGUACCAUAAAAUUAGUGGGCAAUACUACUAACAUUUUCAAAUUAAGUAGUACCAUAAUUUUAUAACGUUAAUUUUGUAUUAAGGUGUUAUAGUCCUAUACUACAGUUAACACUGUACUACAGGAAUGUUAAUUCUGGUCCUAACCAGUUUCUUUAAUUAAAAAAAGAAAGCAUGGCCACCUAGCACUAAUUAAAAGCUUGUUUAACACACACCCCAUGCCAAAACUUUCUUUUGAAAGUAAAAUGUUUUGUUGGGUAAAAAUAGAAGAAUUACAGAGAAAAUAAAGAUGACAAUGAUUGGUUGACUGCAUUUUAUGGAUGCCCAGUAAAAUGUGAGUGAAUGAAGCAUGACAAUCCCACACUAAAUGCUUGCUAUGGAAUCACCCCUAUGAUUGCAUGUACACAGUUGGAAUCCCAUUACAAAGUAGUUGCUUUGCUGCCUAAAUUCCACUUUUUCUUCCCUAUACAGCAAACCAAGUUGCUCAGCAAGUGUCAACUGUUAGGACGCAUUCAGAUCUCAAAGUGGGAGAGUAUUCAAGUUUGGAAAUAACUGAAGCAUGGACAAAAGAGAAAUGGAACCAAGAAUUUGCUAAGUAUCAGGUAAUGCAAAUUAAUAUACCAUGUUGUUGUUGUUGUUCAGUCAUUUAGUCGUGUCCGACUCUUCCACUGCCUCCCGCAGUUUGGUCAAACUUAUGCUGGUAGCUUUGAGAACACUGUCCAACCAUCUCGUUCUCUGUCGUCCCCUUCUCCUUGUACCCUCAAUCUUUCCCAACAUCAGGAUCUUUUCCAGGGAGUCUUCUCUUCUCAUGAGGUGGCCAAAGCAUUGGAGCCUCAGCUUCAGGAUCUGUCCUUCCAGGGGGCACUCAGGGCUGGUUUCCUUAAGAAUGGAUCGGUUUGAUCUUCUUGCAGUCCAUGGGACUCUCAAGAGUCUCCUCCAGCACCAUAAUUCAAAAGCAUCAAUUCUUCGACGAUCAGCCUUCUUUAUGGUCUAGCUCUCACUUCCAUACAUCACUACAGGGAAAACCAUAGCUUUAAUAUACCAUAAGCCCCUGCAAAUUAUAAACCAGUGUCAUAGUUUAAGGUUUUAUUGUUUUUAGGAUGAUUUGCAAAGUCUCCACCCCCAUCGUUCUGCCCAGACACUGAGGUCCAGCACCGAGGGCCUUCUGGUGGUUCCCUCGCUGCAAGAAGCCAAGUUACAGGGAACCAGGCAGAGGACCUUCUCAGUAGUGGCACCUGCCCUGUGGAAUGCCCUCCCCCCAGAUGUCAAAGAGAAAAACAACUACCAGACUUUUAGAAGACAUCUGAAGGCAGCCCUGUUUAGGGAAUCUUUUAAUGUUUAACAGACCACUGUAUUUUAAUAUUUUGUUGGACGCUGCCCAGAGUGGCUGGGGAAACCCAGCCAGAUGGGCAGGGUAUAAAAUGCUAUGGAGGUCAUCUGUAGGCAUUUCAUACCUAUAUUCCAGUACUACCCCAGCUCACUAAAAGAUGAGCACAACAGUAGAGAUUACUUAACCACUAAAAACCUGGGUAGAUUAAAAUGUUUAGAAUGGCUCCUAAAAACCAGUACCAGAUGUGUUUUCCUGGGGAGAGCAUUCCACAGAUGGGGAGUCACUACUGAGCAGCAUGGUCAAAAGAUUUAUACCCCACUCUUUAGCCAUAAAAGCUCCCGGAGAGGCUUUGGAAAUGGUCCCGGAGAGUAGAUGGAAAUGGAAUAUUUUAUUUCAGUUGAGUGGCCUUUGGGCAGAAUUAAAAUGCACUUCACUUAAUGUUGUCUCAGGUACAAGUGAAUGGUCAAUUGUUUGUUUUAGCCUACAUUUUGUAUAGAGGGAAGAAUGAAUGCUGAAUUUUUAUUAAUGCUGAUUAAAAAUCUUAUAAAAUAACAUUCAGUUUUUUUCUUGCAUCUCUUCAUAUUUCAGGUUCUGGUAAUGACCUGUCGUGUCGCUUUGAAUAUUUUAAAAAAUGACCAUUUAUCCCUGUCAAACAUUAAUCUUCUUAUUUUUGAUGAGUGCCAUCUUGCAAUUCAGGAUCACCCCUAUCGAGAAAUUAUGCAGGUAGGUGGCCCAUCUAUAUAGCUUUAACCACUGACAAAACAAAUAAGUAGGCAAACUGAAGAGUUUGCAUAUUACACAUUAAUAUUUAACUUGGCAUUUAUUUUGAUCCGUUUUUGGACUGGCUUUCAGAUUACUCUCUUAAUUGGGGAUAUCCACCUCCCCCUUGUUUCUAGAAUAAAUGAGCAGACCAUAAUAGGCAGCACUGGUUGAAGUGUGUGCUUUCCUGUCGCCUUGACUUGCAUUCCUACCCCCAUGUGGGCACUGUGGCUCACUCAGUGUGCACCAAGCCUCCUUCUCUGUAUUUCUCUCAUUCUUGUGCCAGCUGCUUUCCCUUGAGGAAAUAGUUCUCCCACUUGCCAAGGAUUGGGGUGGAAGGAUUGCAUUUCUUUGCUCAUCAGAUGCUGCAAAGUGACUGGGAAAGGAAAGGAACGGAGCCAGUGCAGACAGAAUGGUCAAUAAUAAACUAUUUUUGUCCUCAGUGUGCAAGGAUAGUAGUGCCUGUUACAUUUCGAAGUUCUCUUCAGUCACCACUGACUGUAAUGGUUAACAGAGUCAGAAGCCUGCUCCAAGUUUUGGGAGGCUAAUGAAGGUGGAAAUGGUCUGAUUAAACAUAUUCCAUCAAGGAGGUCUAAAAGUGGAGCACUAGAUGCUGUUUUAAAUGUUGGCAGGCUUCCUUGAAACUAUCCAGUGAACAAGUUCACAGAAAAUUUGUGGUGACCUCUCAUUGCCAAAUGUUGAAUCAGAAACAUCAGGAGAGCUUACUAAGUAGCCAUUACAUUGCACAAAUCAAUGAACCUGGGCUUGCACCUGAUUCUGCAGAGUUCUUGGGCUUCCUCCUUUGGAGGCAUGCAGUUUAGGGAUUGAAGCUACAUUAAUUUUCUCUUAUUUAGGAUCACAUGACCUAUAGGACUUCAAAACUGUUACCCUACUGCACUAACUCGAAAAGUUGUUGUUUAAAACAAAAGUCCUGUUACUUUUAAAUAUCAAAAUAUUAGAAGGAUCAUUUCCAGUUCUGGGGUCACCAGGUUUAUGUGUGUGAGGCAUGAACACUUUUUUUUCAUCCCCCCUGCAGGAGUUCAGUAAGCCUCUUCUCUCUUUCAUUCUGCUCCUCUAGGAUUUGUGUCAUGCUGGAAAAGAAGGUGCAGAACGCCACUGUUCGCCACUGGGAUCCUUUUCUUGAUUUGGAUCCCCCCCACCCUACUUAAGAGCAAACUUAACCUUGUGGGUUAUUCUGGUUUAUUUUUCAGCUUUGUGAGAGUUGUCCAUCAUGCCCCCGAAUUUUAGGAUUAACAGCUUCCAUUUUAAAUGGGAAAUGUGAUCCAGCAGAGUUGGAAGAGAAGAUUCAGAAAUUGGAGAACAUUCUAAAGAGUAGUGCGGAAACUGCAACUGAUUUAGUGGUUUUGGACAGGUACAUUUUGUUAUUUUUGAAUUUUGUGUUGAAUACCAUUCAUAAAAAAAUGCGUUGGAAGAGGUGACUUGAUAUCUAUAUGCUUGGUGUGCUGUUGUUGUUGUUUUAAAUAAAAAUUAAUCUAAACACUUAACGGCAUUCUUUAAACCUAUUUCAAUAAAGUAAGGCCAGGUUGAAUUUGCAUUUUGCUGUGCAGCCCAUAUAGCUUUUUAGAAUUACCAAAUCUGUAAUUGUGCCAUUUAAACAGCAGUUUAAAAUGUGGCUGACAAGCUUGUUUGUUUGUGUUAAAGGUAUACUUCUCAGCCUUGUGAGAUUGUGGUAGAUUGUGGACCAUAUGCUGACAAAAGUGGGCUCUAUGAAAGGUUGUUAACGGAGCUGGAUGAUGCACUUCACUUUCUGAAUGAUUGCAACAUAUCUGUACUGUGUAGAGAGAGAGAUUCUACCUUAAUUUCUAAACAGGUAUGGGCACAUGAUUUAUCAUUGUUCCUGCAUUGCUUAACUGCAGUUUGGUCUAGCCUCUUAAUAGAAAUAUUUACUGCUUUCUUCCAGAAAUACUGCCACUUUCAAAUUAUUCGUACUCAUUAUUAAGACAAUCAGUUUGGCAAGGUAGCAUACAUUUUCAGCUACUUCUCCAGAAGAUCAGACUUUAGUACUUCAGCCAAGUAUGGGAAAGAAAGUGCACUUCAAAUAAUGACCAAGUAGUAGGCAGGGGACUGAGGUCACUCUUGAUGCUAAUUUGCUCAGUACCACAAAAUUUUACAUGUCUCAGAAUCUGUCCCUUGUUUUACCUAGUCUGAGAUUAUUUUAUGACAUCUGAACAAAUUUACAGUAGAAACUUUCCAGGAUUUUCCCUACAAGCAGCUUGUACUUGAGCAAGAAAAAAUAGUUCAGACAGUGAUCUGUUUCAGCCAUGAACUUGCUUUAUGAACUUGUAUACUUCUAAUCUGCACACCUUCCCGGGUGUUCCAAUUCCCUCCCUCACAUCCUUGUUCAUGGUAACUAUAGUUUUCCUUGGUAUAUUGAACCAGUGUAACACAAUGAGUUUCUGGUUCUGUUAUGGAGGCAUACUAUAGUUUGCAGUAAUGAUAAUUUGUGCAGUUUGGACAUCAAGACAAAUUAUGGUUAGCGCAUAAUAUCCUUAGAUCAUGCUGCAGGUAUACUGAUUUGUUUUAUCCCACUUCACCCCAUGGUGUUUCCACAAUAUUGCUUACGAAAAUAACAAAAUUGUGAAAGCUAUUUUUAACUAACAAAGUGAAAACACAGGGGAACAAAUUUCAGAAUCUCUAGAUGAACCCUCCUUCGUGUGUCUUACCUAGAACUUUGUUCUUCACAAAGUAUGGUAGCAAGUAUUGAUGCACAAUUCUGUAAUUGGUGCCAUGUCUCUCUGCUAAACCUUUAGCAUUCAGAAUCUGGUCAUCUAUCAAACCAGACCAAUGUGUGAUUUUAAAAAAACAAAACCCCAGGAAAAUGUAGCUAUGCAGUUCAUUCCCUCCCUUUGUUGCUUUCUGAAAUGAUACUUAUCUGGAACAGUAAUCCCUGUAUAUAUCAUUAGUUUAUCUACAAAGAAGCAAAUGUGCAUUGCAGUCCGUCCGUCCCCCCCGUCCCCCCACCCUCUAAAUCAGAGGUUGGCAACCUAAGGCCCAUGGGCUGGUUCCAGCCCAUGAGUCAUGAGUUUCCUGGCAUGGGGAUUCCAUGCUUUUUUUUUUUUUGUGGUGCCAUUUUUUUUCUCACCGUGGGGACCGACUUCUGGGUUGGAAGAGCGCUGGAAAUAGCGUGUGCGCAUGUGCACAGGCACUUCUCCGUCCCGGAAGUGCACCGGAAAUAGCGAGUGCGCACUCGCACGGGUGCGCCUCACCCGGAGGAGUGCCCAUAUACAUUAUUUCCGGCUCACUUCCGGGACGGUGGGGCACCUGUGCACAUGCGCAUACGCUAUUUCCAGCGCUCUUCCGACCUGAAAUAGCUUGGGUGUGGGCAUGGAUGCUCCAGCGAGAGGUCUGCCAGGGAGUGGACCAGACCGGCCUCAGAAAACUUUGCCGACCACUGCUCUAAAUAAUGGUUUGUGGGCUCAGUGUAAUCUGUGUCAACUGCUACAGUGCCAUACCAAACUGAUGAAUUUAAUUUGUUUGCAGAUACUGUCAGACUGCCGAGCAGUGUUGCUUGUUCUGGGACCCUGGUGUGCUGAUAAAGUAGCUGGGAUGAUGGUGAGAGAGCUACAGAAGUACAUAAAGCACGAGCAAGAGGAGCUGCACAGGAAAUUUUUAUUGUUUACAGAUACUUUCCUAAGGAAAAUACAUGCACUCUGUGAAGAGCACUUCUCACCUGCCUCACUUGACCUGAAAUUUGUAACCCCAAAAGUAAUAAAACUGCUUGAAAUUUUGCGUAAAUACAAGCCCUAUGAACGGCAACAGUUUGAAAGUGUUGAGUGGUAUAAUAAUCGGAAUCAGGAUAAUUAUGUGUCCUGGAGUGAUUCUGAGGAUGAGGACGAAGAUGAAGAAAUAGAGGAGAAAGAGAAAACAGAAACCAAUUUUCCUUCUCCCUUUACUAAUAUUUUAUGUGGAAUUAUUUUUGUGGAAAGAAGAUACACAGCAGUUGUUUUGAACAGGUAUGAUUUCUUUUAAAAAAAAUAAAAAAUAUUGUGAAUUGCAAAAGAGCUAAUUGAAUGUUAAUCCGGAAUUAUUAUAGAAGAAAUAUGUCCAAAUUCUCAUGAAGCCUGCUAGUUUUUGCAAAUCUCUGCAAACCACACUUCAGAAAAAGGAGAAAAAGAUCGAUAGAGCCACAACAUAACAUAAAAAACCCUUAAGAAUAAGCAAAAACAACUUCUAAAUAUAUUUAAAUGAUUUAAAUGUAGUAAGGCUAUGUGGAAUAUGCAGUUAUCAACUGUUUAAAAGCUUAGGAUAAUUUUUAAUAGAAUUCAGAAGGGUUUUUUUGCCACAAAUACCAGGCACACAAGCAAAGGUGAUAAUACACAGAGUAAUAAUGUAUGUAUGUAUGUAUGUAUGUAUGUAUGUAUGUGGGGAUAUAGAGAUAAAACAACUUCCACUUUUCUGUUUAAAAGUAUCCUGACUAGUUUUGUAUAUUGCCACAAUUCAUGUCCUCUUCAUAAACAGAAAAACUAAAGCCUUGUUAACAGAAACAAAUUUAAUUUUGGCUGCUUUAUGGUAUACAAGAUAUGUAACAAAGCAACAACUAAAACAGUAAAUAAAUAAUGAACAGAUUACUUCUACUUACAAUGAAGUUUUAUGAAGUCAAACUAAUUUAUUAAGCUUGUUGAGGGGAAAGUUGCAGGGAAAAUGAUACUGAGUAAUAUUUUAUUUGCAUAUAAAAACUGGGUUUAUUGAAAUGAGGGAGGAAAGGAGUCAAUUGGGAAGUGUUCAUUAUGAUUUAAAUGAAUUUUACUUAAGAUCUUUGUAUUUCAUAAGACUGAACUUUUCUUUCAUUCUUGAACCAAAGGCCACUGUAAGGAAAAAAAUAAAGAGCAGUAGAAAAUGCCACUGUAUAUAUAUAUUUUGGGAGGGGGGGUAGGAAUGACAAACUUUUCAUUUAGCAGCUCUGUUUUAGCAAUCGCUUCUUAUAAAAUACUUCUCAAGAUAUGAGGAUUCCAUAUUAUAUACAUUCAUACAUGCCAUCUUUAUAGACCUACAAAGCCACCUUAUUGGCUGUAUAGCAAACCAUGUGACCGUAUGUGUUCUGGUACUUCCCAGUGAGGGAUAAAAUUAGUUGCUGGCAGAGAGAGCAAGAAAGGAAAACACUUGUAAUUUCCUUGAUUUCUCUGCCAAAGAAAAGAAGCAAUGCUGUGAGUGAAUAUAUGGCAGCACUCUCCUUCAUAGAAAUGUAGGGCAUAGGGCAGGGCAAGGUCUGGCCAUGGCUACUUGUAGAGGCUGUUAGAAUCACAGGCCGCUUAAAGCAUGAGGAAUUUUAAAACGUAAUCUUCCCUUGUCAAGUGGGUAAUGUGUAAAUUAAGCCAGUGGAAGCUUAUCAUCAGAAUGACUAAAUCCAGGAACAGGUUUCCAAGAGAAUAGGAAUUUCCUAUGGAUUGCUUUUCUCUGAAAUAAGAACCUUGGUUUUGCUGCAUGGUGGGGUUAUGUGACGAUCAGUCCCUACUAAAUUAUCACUCUUGGGACUUGUUAGAUAUAAUAUUUUCUGUUCUAGACUUUGGGACCAUUAAGAAUACAUGAACUAAAUGUUCUUGAUGAUACCUUUUAUGCUUCAAAAGUAAGACUGUCUUUCUCUGUGUUGGGUAUAGAACCACUGGAGGAAUUUAUUUUAAGAAUUUUAAAUGCAAAUGCCGCCUUGAUAUCAAAAAGAUGAUUAGCUUACAUUUUCUCAACUAUUUUCUCAACUACUUCCAAAAUGUGUAUAAUGUGUUUAGGUUGAUAAAAGAAGCUGGCAAACAAGACCCAGAGCUGGCUUACAUCAGCAGCAAUUUUAUAACUGGACAUGGCAUUGGAAAGAAUCAGCCCCGUAGUAAACAGAUGGAAGUAGAAUUCCGAAAGCAGGAAGAGGUAACUUUAAUGAAAAUAAUUGUACAAAAAUGCUGUAUAGUUGCUUAACCUUUAGAACCUUUGCAAAGUCCAGAGAUUCUGCAUCUUACAAAUUCUGCAUAGUUCUUAUAGAUCAAUAUGUAGAAGCACACAAGUUUCUGAAGCAAACCUGAAUUUUAAAACAAAAAUGACAAACAACAGCUGGCUGAAAUUGUACUGCUUAUGAGCUAAGGUUUAUGUGGAAAUACUACAGAAUGAAAUUUUUUAUUCCUGGUUUAAAACUUUAGCUAUUUUUCAAAAUGUUACUUUGAUAACAGAUUUGCAGUCUCCGUGAAGGUGCUGUAAAUGCCCUGUUUCUGAAAAACUGAUACAGUUUUAGUUCUUUUUGUGUGAGUGACACACACAAAAUGAAAUGUAAAGAAAAAAGGAACUUUUAAAACAAAAUCAUAUUUUUUUCCUAAAAGCAGCGAUAAAAUUUAACAGACUGAGUCCCUCCUCCCCAGAAAAAUGUAACGGGCUUUAGUUUUACACUUUGGCAAAAGUGUGCCAGCCUGCUUUCAAAGGUGAAUAAUACCUUUUUUUAAGAAGGAAUAGAACAGCACAACAUCAUGGAAUUCUUUAGUGUCCCCCACCCCCGUAAGACCAUAGUUGCUGUGUGAUCUGAUUUCCAUUGUCUGCAUCAAAGACUUCAAAACCAGUGGGUUUCUAUCAAAGGCCUCUGUGGUGAUAAAAAUAGUGGUUUGCUUCUACGGCUGUUACAAUAUUUACCUUGCUAGUAUGAAGAAGAGCUGAAAGUAUUCAAAUCCCACUUUUUUCUAGUAAGCUGUUUUUCUAAUUACAAAAUUAUUUUCUGGUUAAAACCUGUCUUUGCUAACUGAUGGCUUGUGAACAAAUUUGUACACUUGAUUAUUGAAUUCUGAAGUAUGUAUGAAACUUUUGUCAAGCUGAUGAUUUAAUAACUGAUUGGUCUUAGAUAUGUAUCUUCUUGGUUGCUUUUGUAGGUACUUAGAAAAUUUCGAGCACACGAGACCAACUUACUAAUUGCAACUAGUAUUGUAGAAGAGGGUGUUGACAUACCAAAAUGCAAUUUGGUGGUUCGUUUUGAUUUGCCCACAGAAUAUCGUUCCUAUGUGCAGUCCAAAGGAAGGGCCAGGGCACCUAUCUCGAAUUACAUCAUGUUAGCAGAUUCAGACAAAAUCAAAUGUUUUGAAGAAGAUCUUAAAACCUACAAGGCAAUUGAGAAGGUAUGUGGCAAAAGAGAAUGAGUAAUAAAAAUAAAAAUUGCUAGACACUGAAGCAGCAAUAAAAAUGGGGGAAAGGGUCCUUGGCACCAAUCAAAACACUGUUUUAGAAGAAAUAUGGUGAACCUGGGCUGAAGAAGACUUAAGGGCUGGAGACUUGGGAAUCCAAGCUUAAUUGAAAAUUAUGCCUUGAAAAAUGAUAGGAGGAAGUGACUAGGGCAGGAGGUUUGAAUAUUAAUUGUUUGGAAGGGUUGAAAAAGCUGCAGGAAUGACUAUGUAGGGCCUAGUGAGUAAAGUGGGAGGGGUGGGUUAAAUAAAAAUUCAGUCCCUGGGUGCCUCAGGGUCUGAAAAAGGAUCUGGCCAGCCUUUUCCCCCAGGCCUACUACAUAGCAGAUGAGUAAAAGGACAAAUAUUCCAGGCAUGAACAUUCAUUUGAGACUCCCACCUCCAUCUCUGUUUUCACUACACCCUGUAACAGGUUGCAAAUUUCCCCACAAAAUGUACUGUUGGCCAAUACUGAUUCAGCCCCUUCCAUUAGUGAAGCCCAGGGCAAGUGACUUCUUUAAAGGUGGUAGGGGUAGCUAAAAGUGGCAAAUCAGUUAUUGGAGCUAGUCAGUAGCUUUUGUAUAUAGUAUGAGGAGGUUGUAACAUAGGCUAGGGCUUAGCCGCAGCUGCUUAAUACAGCUCUAGGUAGUUUCUCUCUUCAUUCGCCCACAUUCUUAUACUGAAUUAUUUAAGUGUCUGGGGAAAAAUAAUUGCAGUUUUGAAAGGUUUAGUCUGCCAACUUGAUUCAAAAUCAUGUCUAAUUGCAUAGACAGAAUCCAGCUUCUUGAUAUUGGGAACCAAUUGAUAUUGCAAAAUUUGGCUAUAUUUUAAGAGGUAUCGAAAUGCAUGGAGAACAGGAAAAAAGAGACAUUAAACUUUGCAAAAUACAUAGAUCAGUUCUGAGUUGCAUAGAAUUAUCAUUCUGUCAUACGUAUAUUUUAAAGAUCUUGCGGAACAAAUGCUCGAAGUCUGUGGAUACUAGUGAAACCGAAAAUGAACCCAUUAUAGAUGACGAUGAUAUAUUCCCACCAUAUGUGCUAAGACCAGAAGACGGUGGUCCAAGAGUCACAAUAAACACUGCUAUUGGGCACAUUAAUAGGUAUGAAAUCUAUUGUUGUUUCAAUUUUGACAUAAUUUGCUGAAUUUCUAAGACAGCCUGCUUUAGGGGAACUGUCUUUAGAUCUGAGGAAAUUGUUCUGGUAGUGCUAUGGAUUCCCUUUAUUAAAAAAUUAAGGCAAUCAAAUCUUUAAAAAUAUUGAUUUAUAUCAUUAUUAGGAUACUCAUGCAGAACAAUGUUUUAAUGGUACAGAAGAAUCUGCUUAUGUUUUAAAUCCCCCUAUAAGGAUCAACAAGUAUUGUUACACGAACUUGAAAUAGUUCCCCUUAGGGAAGCAACUAAUCAUACCAGUUACAAGUUACCCUGCUCUCUUGCUAUGUAAUCUUCCACUCAGUGUGGCUCACUGGCAUAAAUAAAUGCUGACCAGCGUAUGUCUUACACAGCAAUCCAAAACCCCUUUGUGCUGGGUUGGAGUUAGAGCCAGGCACUGGUGGGUAGAAGUUCUGCUGACAGGAUCCUUUCUGGCUGCAGACAGUGGACAGACCUUAAAUUUGAUUGAUCACUGCCCUUCACCCACCUUACCCAUGCAUGGUGCUCCCUUACUCUUAAAGGUAAAGGGACCCCUGACCAUUAGGUCCAGUCGUGGCCAACUCUGGGGUUGUGGCGCUCAUCUUGCUUUAUUGGCCGAGGGAGCCAGCGUACAGCUUCCGGGUCAUGUGGCCAACAUGACUAAGCCACUUCUGGCGUACCAGAGCAGCACACAGAAACGCCGUUUACCUUCCCGCUGGAGCAGUAUCUAUCUACUUGCACUUUGACGUGCUUUCGAACUGCUAGGUUGGCAGGAGCAGGGACUGAGCAAUGGGAGCUCACCCCGUUGCGGGGAUUCGAACCACCAACCUUCUGAUCGGCAAGUCCUAGGCUCUGUGGUUUAACCCACAGCGCCACCUGCGUCCCCCCCUUACUCUUAGGACACUGUUUAUUUCUGUAACACUUUCUGGUGUACAAAUGUUCUACUAAAUCUCAUUUUUAACUGAAAUUGUAAGCAGAGAAUCCAGUUUAAUUCCGUUGUUAAAGCUUAGGUAAUCAUUCUCACUGCAUAUUAGAACUUCUCUGCCCUUAAGCUCAAUUUGUUCACACUCGAUGGCUGUCAGAUAGUUAUUACUGUUCAUCCUUAACAGUGAUUCCAGUUGAGGACUCUGAGCCUUGACUUUUAACAUAUUGGCUCCUCCUUCCCCGUUCAUUUCUAGUAUCUGAUUUUAAAAAUGUCCACUCAAUCCCUGACCUUUCCUUGUUUAGCAAGGAGGUCUGAAGGGGGCUUAUAAGUAUAGUCAGCCUCCACAUGACCAGGAACCUUUCUGAUUAUGAGACAAUUUGCAACUGUGUUCAGCUGAACAUUCAGGUUUCCUGUAGACUUUUCAAGAAGAUCAGAGACGGAGCAGCUGCAGGGAUGUUGGAAGCAGGGCUAGCAUGUGAUGCUCACUUUCCCCUUCCCAGAGUAAGCCCAAUGCAUUAUUUUAAAUUCUUCAGUGGCAUGGCUCUUUCCUAGAAUAACUUAAUUAUCUUUAAUCUUGUGUUACAUAGGUACUGUGCUAGACUGCCAAGUGACCCGUUUACUCAUCUAGCUCCCAAGUGUAAAACUAGAGAACUCCCUGAUAACACAUUUUAUUCAACUCUUUAUCUACCUAUCAAUUCUCCUCUACGAGCAUCAAUAGUUGUAAGUAUUUCAGUUUAUUUACGUUACUUUAUGUUUGGAAUAUGUUCAAAAUUCUACUUUUUUCCAUUGGCACUGGUUUAAGAUAAUGCUUUGCUGUAGUGCUUAUUUUGCAGCCCUGUUCUGCUUGGCAGCUUGAUCCCAUGGAUUUGCCAUAAGCUCGAUAAUUGGUGCAAGCAGUGAAUUAUGCUGCAUCAGCUAAAACUAUCAAAUGGGGCACAGUUGACUGUUCUAAACACUGUAGAGCAUAGAGCCCAAAAUAGGAAGUGAGAGAAGAUAAUCUUAAUCUUUCUCAUCAUCCUGACUAGACUAGCAUAUUAAGACUUGAAUGAACACAUUGGAAAUUGCAGAGGAAGUGCUUCAUUGAGCUGGGUCCGGGCCCAGUUUCUGUUAGCAGCUGUCUCAGCACAGAGCUUUUGGAAUCUAAAGGAAAAUAUAUUACUCCUUCAUGUUCAUUGUUCACUUGAAAUAAUCAUCUGUGGUUUGGUAUUUAUUAUACAGUAAGAUCCCAUGUAUCUUAUUUGCUGCUGCAUGAGAAAAAAUUAACAACUUGUGCUGGUAAUCAAAAUUUUAUCUAUUCAAUUUAGGGCUAUGGGUUUUUAAUGUGAUUUCAUUAUUAUUUAAGGUGUCCUUUGCAUAGGAGCUGUUCGUCUGUGUGUGUGUGCUUGUGUGUGCACGCGCUCACGUGCAUAUGAGAACAUAUGCUUCCUUUAAUAUAAUUGGUUCAAAUUUUAUUUCUAGGGUCCUCCAAUGAAUUGUACAAGAUUGGCAGAGAGAGUUGUUGCUCUUAUUUGCUGUGAAAAAUUGCAUAAGAUUGGUAAGCAUAUUUGAAAGCGAGGAACAUUUAUUUAGUCAUGAAAAACCUAAAGGAUACAAUUUUGUACUUUUUUAUUGAUAUGCUUGUCAACGCCUAGAUACUUGCUGCCAAAAACAUUUCAUGCAAUUGUGGAAAGCACAACAGAAAUUUUGGAACACUUCCUCCUGAUAUAUGAUAUAACUGAUACAUCAUUGGCUGCAGGGAAAUAGGAUUUGGAGCCAAAAACAUGUGAGUGGAAGGCCACUCAUACAAUGCCGGUUUCCCACCUCCUCCUUUAUGCAGCCCCCAUGUGCCCACCCCUAACUCCUGAGGAUUACUUGUAAGGUAUCUCAGCUUGAUUUUCCCCAAUUCUUUCCACCAGUUGAAACUCCUCUCAUCUCGCCCCUGCUGUUAUGGAGGCUCUUCAGAUCCUCUGCAGUUUUUUUGUUGUUGCAGUAAAUAUUUUAUUGAUUUUCAUAGAUGUCACUACAUUUUUAAUAUAUACAACUAAACAUAAUUAUAGCUCUCCUACCCCACCCCAUUUUUGCCAGCUGUUGCAGCUUUUUUGAGAAUAUUGGGGUUAUCGUCAAGACGAGAGGCCAUGCCAUUUGCAUGAGUGGACUUCCACCUUUACAAGUCUGGAUCCCAGUCAAUAUGUUUGGGAAUAAUGCAAACAUGUGUAUUGGAAAUAAAGCCCAAUGAACUUGGUGGGACUUCCUUCUGAGUAAACAUGAAUAGGAUCAAACUGAAUAUAUUACUUUUAGAUGCUUAGUGUUAUAGAUUGGUCUCUAAACAAUAGCAUUUAACAAAAUUAGUGUAGCAUCUGAGAACGUUUAAAAGCUUUUCAUCGGUUAUUUAAAUUUAGGCAGCUUUCACCAAGCCAUUGGUGCAGGAAAUUAAGUUCCCUGUCACUUCCAACAAAGGAUUAUUUUUAAUUCUUUUGCAUGUACUUGGAAAUGUUUUUAAAAAAGCAACCAAAAAACGACAUUGCCUUAAACAAAUGAGGAAUUUAAGACCUUUCAUUGGCAAAGAAUAUAAGGUGCAUGUGGAUUGACUGCUGAUGCUUUGUUACUGAGUUCACUGAAAUGUCACAGUUCCUCAACAUUUUUAUCAUAGGUCUUAUAAAAGUUCCCCCGGCCCCGAAGCGAUAGAUAUUUCCACAUUUUAUGAAAUAAAAUUGGAUUUAUAACUUGUUCUUUAUCAAUGCAUUUUAGGUGAACUGGAUGAUCACUUGAUGCCUGUUGGGAAAGAGACAGUGAAAUAUGAGGAGGAACUUGAUUUGCAUGAUGAAGAAGAAACCAGUGUUCCAGGAAGGCCAGGCUCUACAAAACGAAGGCAAUGCUACCCUAAAGCUGUUAGUAUAGUUCUGGGCCCUCACUAUGUGUGACUGUGCUGUGGUGUUGAACCAUGUUUGCUUAAGAUUCUUUUAAGUUGCAUAGCAGAGGCAGGAUAUGAAUAGACUAACCCCAAGGUCCUACAGGAAUGUUUUGCAAACAAUAAUUCCCAUAUGUUUGGGGAAAGGAGUCUUGAUACAAUACCAUGGAGUAAUGGAUACUAUGAUCAUAUAGGCUAAGACAGACUUUUUCCAUUCAGAUCUGGGGGGUGGCGGGUGGAGAAGGAGAUUGAGGGAGGAAAUAAUUUUGUAUAAAGUUUUAUGUUGUGGACGCUAAUCUGACAUUGUGGAAAAUUAAUACUUUUUGCUUCAUUUAAGAAUGCUUAGUACUUUUUAUGUUUAAACGACAGCAGAGGAACGAAAGGCAGGCUGCUACUUCAGGUUUUUGCUUGUGUGAUUCAAGACAGGGUUUGAUGGCACAUGUUGGAGCCUCCUCACUUAAGCCAAGUAGAUGUAGGACUAAUUAGUGCCUGUAUGAAAGUCUGCAGAAAGCCAGAGAAUGAAGCUCUGACUUCUGGCGUGCAAAAUACGUGCUUUAGCACUGUGCUAUAGCCCUACCCAUACGUUUUAUGAUGUAGUAAAGUCACUUAGCCUUUAACUCUUAACAACUCCAUCUUUUAAACGGUUGCUAAUGAACUUCUUUAUUACAAGAACAAAUGUAUCCAUACGCUGCUUUUUAUGCCCCCGUGUGCAGCUAGAGCCCUUGCAAAGACUCACCAGCUUAUUGGAUCAUGUGCAUUUUGUAGGCUAGAGUUCGCUCCAUGAAUUAUUUGUUCCAUACUGCUGCGCUUUAUUUGCAGAUUUAUUAUUUUACUGUUGUUGUGGCAGAACACUUGUAAGGGUAGAAAUUAUGCACGUUGUGGAGCAGAGAUGUCUGAUCUUCUUGUUUUGCUUACACUCAGGAUGCAGACUGAAAUGUUUUCCUUUAUCCUGAUGUCUUUUCCAUUUAAAACUACUUGUGUACAAAGAUAAAUUUAUAAGUAAAAAAAUAAGCACAAAAGUAAUUCAUAAGGGAACUUUCGAUUUAAAAAUAAACUCAAUUUAUUCUAUACCUAUAGAUUCCAGAAUGUUUGACGGAUAGUUAUCCCAAACCUGACCAACCCUGUUACCUUUAUGUAAUUGGAAUGGUAUUAACUACCCCUCUACCUGAUGAGCUCAACUUCAGGCGGCGAAAACUAUAUCCUCCUGAAGAUACUGCAAGAUGUUUUGGAAUACUGACAGCCAAACCUAUACCUCAGGUAGUAAACUUUUGCUUGUAGUCUAUCUAGUCUGCUUUGAGAUGUUUCAGAUUUGCAAGCAGGUCAUUGUGUCACAUAACACAUUCAUAUUCAUGAAACAAACUUAAUCAUUUCAUUUUAGUUUACUACAAAUAGUUGCAUCAAUCAUUCCAGCAUAAUUUAUCCUUUCAAAGCAGUAGCUCAGGGCUUUUUGGUAUCUGUGGCUUUGCAUGUCGCAAUCCAGUGGCUUUUUCAUCUUAUAAAAAUGACUUGGAAACAGACAGUGGUGGAUUUAUUAAAGGUAAAGAACCCCUGGAUGGUUUUCAGGCCAAGGGAGCCAGUAUUUGUCUACAGACAGCUUUCCAGGUCACAUGGCCAGAAUGACUAAACCGCUUUUGGCCCAACAGGACACUGUGACGAGUGCCAGAGUGCACGGAAAUGCUGUUUAUCUUCCCACUGCAGUGGUACCUAUUUAUCUACUUGCAGUGGUGUGCUUUCAAGCUGCUAGGUUGGCAGAAGCUGGGACAGAGCAACGGGAGCUCACCCCAUCACACAGAUUCGAACCGCCGACCUUCUGAUCAGCAAGCCCAAGAGGCUCAGUGGUUAGACCACAGAGCCACCCACAUCCCAGGCGGUGGAUUUAUAGGUAUGCUCGACUGAGCCUCCCCGCCCCCAACUUAUUUAGUUUAUAUUGUUAGCUGAGAGGAUACCAUUGAAACAUGACUACAAGCAAUUAAUGGUGCUCAAUGAAUUUUGGUAUUUUAGCUUGUUGCAUUAUUUCCACUCUUCAUUUCUCCUACUUCAUGAUUCAAGUCAGUGGAGGCUGGUCCAUUAGGUAGCCAGGGCUUAGCCCUACCAAGUGAUAUGCCAAGCAAUUAAAAAAAAGUUUCCCCAAAAUCUCAAAGCCACACAUACCCUUCCAUAAUCCAUUUGAAUUUAGAGAUGCUUGAAGAGACAUUUCUGUCCAUCAGUUCUCUGCACCACUCAGCCAGUCUCAAUCCAGAAGUAUUACUGUGAUUAUGAAAUUCCACCCAUUUGUCUUCAGGUAGAAAAACUAUGCAUAAAUAGUUGCAUGUUAGUACUUUGGCCAGUUCUUUGUUGGAACAAUCUCAUAUUGACUUGUCUCCCCUUCCCCCUUUCUUCACUCAGAUUCCUCACUUUCCUGUGUACACCCGCUCGGGAGAAGUGACCAUAUCUAUUGAGCUAAAGAAAUCAGGAUUCACUUUGUCUUUACAAAUGCUUGAGUUGAUCACAAGACUUCACCAGUACAUUUUCUCUCACAUUCUUCGGCUUGAGAAACCUGCACUAGAAUUCAGACCUACCGAUGCUGAUUCAGCCUAUUGUGUUCUACCUCUUAAUGUUGGUGAGGAGAAGACUGUUGUAAAUAUUAAUUGGCUAUUAUCGUUAUUUUCAUUAUUAUUAUUAUUAUGCAUCCCAGAAGAUGCCGUAGAAAUUUAAAAAUUAUUAUUACAAACAGUUAAAACAAACUAUCCUCAGGAAUCGGGUUGGUCUUGAAAACACACACUUCAGGUAUCAAAGGAUAGGGUAAAGAAGUAUUUUUUGAGAGUUCGUUGAAAACUGUAUAGUGAAGGUGCCAGGCACACCUCUAUGGGUAGGGAAUUCCACAACCUGGGAGUUUUUUUUAUAUACAAUGGGUUGGAUCCAUCUGCAUGCAGAAGGGGUUUUCUGCUCAAGUGAGGGGCAUUGUACAAGAAAAACGAAGUAAAUCCAGCUUUGUUCUUCCACUUCCACUUAAAAACAGAUAUUGAGAACUGUUGUAGAAGCUACCUCUUACAUCACUUCAGGCACUUCUGUGCAGAAUCUUGUGCAUAUGUUUGCAUUGGCUAAUUUCUAUUCAUUCUUCUUUGUAUCCAAUGAAUUGUUCUGUUUAUUUUAGAUUCAUAGUUUGAGAAAAGGGUAAUGGUUAUAGUUGGAAUUACAUCAGAGUUAUACAAUACAGCAGGGAUAACCAGCUUGGUGCUCUUAGAAGUUGUGGGCUGCAGAAUGCCCUCCAGAUGCUGUGGAUUGCAACUAUAGUUCAGCAAGAGUCCUGUGAUACUAACAGAUCUAUUGCAGCAUUAAAACUUAGUAGGUUUUGCUACAAUAGGUAAAUGGAUGAUGUUUGGGAAUGUACACAAAGGGGUUUGUUUUUUAAAAAAAUAUGUUUUGACAGCUGAAACAAAUUUUCUUUCUUUCAAGUUGAUGGCUCCAGCACUUUGGACAUUGAUUUUAAAUUUAUGGAAGAUAUUGAAAAAUCUGAAGCACGUACAGGCAUUCCCAGUACACAGUAUACAAAAGAGACACCUUUUAUUUUCAAAUUAGAAGACUACCAGGAUGCAGUUAUCAUUCCAAGGUGAUUAUACUGUGUGUGAGAGAGAGACCAGUAUUUGUCAGCUGCUAAUAUUUCAUAGAUACAAACACAGUUAAAGAUGCUUAAUCCUGGCUUACAGGAGCUCACCUCCUGAUAUGCAGGAGAGUCUACAAGUAAAAAAUAAUAUGGUUAAUAAAAUAAUAAAAGAAAAACCAAUAAAAUUCUCAUUGGCAGAGAUUACUGUAUGUGCCCAGAGUAGCCCUUUGUGUCCUGGCCAGUGCUUAACUAUUUUGAUAAAUCCAGUCAUUCCACUCAGCAUUAAUGGAAAUAACUUAUAUUUUAUUUUGGACUUGCUUGUGGUUGCAUAGUAGGACUUCUUUUCUGAUGUAUAACUUUAGGUCAUGUUAGGGAACUUGUUCAGCAGAACAUUUGACAUUGCAACCCAAAUAUCUGCUUCUGUCUAGGUAUCGAAAUUUUGAUCAGCCUCAUCGAUUUUAUGUUGCUGAUGUCUACACAGAUCUUACUCCACUGAGCAAAUUUCCUUCCCCAGAAUAUGAAACUUUUGCUGAAUAUUAUAAAACCAAGUAUAACCUUGACCUGACCAAUCUCAACCAGCCAUUGCUGGAUGUGGACCACACAUCUUCAAGGUAAAGAGGGUUUUGAUAGCUUAAAAUAGUUCUACUUUGUAUUGUUUCAAUAUAGUCAACGUGGGAUCUCCCAAGGUUUGCAGAAGUGGAAAAAAUUGGCUGCAGAUUGCCGUAUGUUUGAGAAAGGGUGGGGGAGAGAGAGAGAGGGGCUGGAAAAUGGGAAGGGGAAGAAUAAAAUGUAAUGCUUGGAAUCCAGAACAGCUGCUCUCCGUGCUGCAAUAUUUUGCUACAGGCCCCACUUGUUAAUUUAAAUUUAGAAUUUAAAUUAGUUUUUGGAAUUUAGAAUUUAAAUUAGUUUUUGCCUGAAAUACAUUUGGUGGUUCCUGCUCAGGAGAAACAUCUGGGGAAUUUCAAGGAAAACAAAAAUAAUUUCUCCAAGUCUGGUAACAUAUCUAAUAUUAUUUUCCCACAUCCCUGGUUUUAACAUCUUCUAAUCAAGCUUUUCCUCAUUUUUCCUUGCACCAACUUCCAGGGUGAAAUGCAAAGUUAUACUGCAUGUUUUAAAAACAGCCCUUCCCAUUUUCCCUUUAGACUUAAUCUUUUGACUCCUCGUCAUCUGAAUCAGAAGGGGAAAGCUCUCCCAUUGAGUAGUGCUGAGAAGAGGAAAGCUAAGUGGGAAAGUCUACAGAACAAGCAGGUAAUGAUGAAUUUCCUAUUUUAUGGUGUUCAGCACCUCUUUAGUACCCUAAAAUGGGCUGACUAACCACUUUUGGUCUGAGGACAGUAUUCACUUUUGCCCCAACCCUCUGGAAACUGCAUCUCACGCACGCUUUUGCACGUACCCCCCCCCCAAAGUAUGCACUCCUCCACUUAGAUUAUCUGAAGAGAGGCUGUUCCCACUCCAAACUCAUCAAAUGUUCGAUCUGAUGAGUGGAGGGUGGGAUGGGAGUCUGCAACUCUAUCAAGGUGUUGGGCUUUUAUCCUUCCCAGUGCUGUAUAUUCUCCCUUUUUUUCCUUUCCCUUUUGGCUGCUGCUGCCAAAAUUAGUUUGGUCUUGGGGAAGGGAAGGGGGUAGGAAAAAAACCUUGGUGGGAAAUCAGGCUCUUAAACUUUGGGUUGCCACCUGUGCUCUGAAAUAUCGAGAGACUAAAGGCAAAUUUUAUUCUUUAUUAAAGAUUCUGGUUCCAGAACUCUGUGCUAUCCAUCCUAUUCCAGCAUCGCUGUGGAGAAAAGCAGUUUGCCUCCCCAGCAUUCUUUAUCGUCUUCACUGCCUUUUGACAGCCGAGGAACUCAGAUCCCAAACCGCCAUUGAUGCUGGUGUAGGAGUUAAAUCACUUCCUUCAGAUUUCAGGUAUUGGAAUACUGUAGUUAAUCUCUAUAAAGUUAUGUUGUGUAGUCUGACAUUUUGCCAUUGCUAUGUCCUCUGGUAGCUUCUCAUUUGCCAAAGGUGUGCCUUCCAUAUGUAGAAACCAUCUUCUGCUCAUAGAAGGGCUAUUUAUACACCUCACACCUAAUAUGUUGUGCAAUAAUUGAAGCUAAAUUCAAACAUAAUGCUCUCCAUGCGCAAGCAUGAGAUGUAUAAUACAACAUGCCUCUUAUAGCACUAUGCAAACUUCCUCUGUAGUUGUGUCUUUGAAGGAUUUUUAUCUCAUGCAUCCACCAAAAAAGUCUUCCAGAGCAGCUUACCAGGACCAAUAAAAAGACUAUUCCUAAUCCCAGGAUUUAUCAUCCAUCUAAAAGGCAUCACAGAAGGAAAAGGAAUUGGGUGGCAGGGAACUAGCUUAGGCACUUAGUUUCAGAGUUCUUAUAGUAGCAUGUGGCUCACGUAUUUGUAGAACAGUGCAAGCAACUAUAUUGUUCCACUUGUGGUUCUUUGGAUUUCAUAAUCAGCAUCUAUCAAAAAAUGUAGAUAUCAAACUGUUAUACUAUGGCCACUGACCAGCAAAAUGAAGUGUUACAGCGGGGUCAGGGAUGCCAACUUGAAUAAAAAAUUGGGGUGGGGGGGAGGUAAGCCCCGCCCCACAUAAUCACAAGAUGCAGCAUACACACACCAUUUGAAUCGCAACGCCCAUCAACUUUGCGGGGGUCUGCCCUCCUCAAACAUUUUAUGGGGGGGAAGGUCCUUAGCCCCUAGAAGUUGGCUCCUAUGAGUGGGAUCUUCCUCUUUUGCUACUAGGAGUGGCUCAAUUCCUGUUCAGGAGCUGACUUGGAAUGUGAGUUCCGAAAGCAGUUUUCAGUUUGGGCUAUUUGGGUGUGUGAUUGUUGUAAGUAGAUGGAAAGCACCAAUGUUGUGGCCCUGUGCCUUAUUUAUUUAGUUAACAAAAUUUAUAUACUGCUUGAUUGUCAUAAAACCUCUAAACGGUUUACAAGAACAGUUAACAUUAUCAGUAAAAACAAAAUCAAUUAAAACACUUUCAGAUAAUUAACAUUUACAGUAAAAAAUAAUAAUCACCUCAGCAUCUAUCUACAUGUAUGUGUGUACAUGAUUAAUCAGUUAAUUUAUUUUACAGAUAUCCUAACCUGGACUUUGGGUGGAAAAAGUCUAUUGACAGCAAAUCCUUCAUCUCUGCUUCUAGCUCUUCUGUAGCAGAGAAUGAAAAUUAUUUUAAGCACAGCGCAAUUGUAGUCCCUGAAAAUGCUGCAUAUCAAGGUGCUAAUAAAACCUCUUCUGCAGAUAAGCAUGACCAAAUGUCUGUGAGCAACAGAACAUUGAUUGAGUCACCUAGUAAACUCCAAAAUGACGUCUCGGUAGAACUGGCAACAGUUAAUGGUGUUUCUUACAAUAAAAAUCUUGCCAACGGCAAUUUUGACUUAGCUAGCCGAGACUUUUGCCAAGGAAAUCAGCUAAAUUACUCCAGGCAGGAAAUACCUGUACAACCAACUACCUCGUAUCCUAUUCAGAAUUUAUACAACAGUGAGAACCAGCUCAAGCCCAGCAAUGAAUGUACUCUACUGAGUAAUAAAUAUCUUGAUGGAAAUGCUAACAAAUCUACCUCAGAUGGAUGUCCCAGAAUGGCCCUGAACACCAGUGCUUCAGAUGCUUGUGAUCUUUCAAAGGAAAGAAUGGAUUCUGUAACAAGCCCUUCCAAGGGAUACUCCUCAAAAACCCUUGGCCCAAACCCUGGUCUCAUUCUUCAGGCUUUGACUCUCUCAAAUGCUAGCGAUGGAUUUAAUCUGGAGCGUCUUGAAAUGCUUGGUGAUUCAUUUCUAAAGCAUGCCAUCACUACAUAUUUGUUUUGCACUUACCCUGAUGCUCAUGAGGGACGCCUGUCAUAUAUGAGAAGCAAAAAAGUGAGUAAUACUUCCAUGAUCCUUAACUGUUCCAAAAAUAAUAAGUCCACAUACAGGAUGGAAAUGGAUGGGUAUGCCAGUAGCACUGUAAUGCACAGAUUUCUUAAGAACUUCAGGCACUGGAUUUAUUUGUUUGUUAGCAUGAUUUAUGUAUUUUUGUGGUUUUAUAUUACAAAGCACCCUGUGAUCCUGGGAUGAAGGGCAGGAUAGAAAUAUGUUGUGUAGAAGGACCAUAGCUCAAUGGAAGAACACCUGCUUUGCAUACAAAAAUUCCUACAUUUCAAUCCCUAGCAUUUCUACCUUGGGAGAGACAAAAACCUGGAGAUCAGCUGCCAGUCAGUGUAGAUAGUAUUUAACUGGAUAGACCCAGUGGUCUGACUCCACAAGGCAGCUUUUGAUGUUACAUAACCAAUGCUAGUAUAAAUUAAUAGGGAUUUCUAAAGGCAAGCAGCUUUAUCAUCACUGAGAAGGGACGGCUGAAUAUAUCUGACUAGGGGCAGCUGACCUUUCCCCACACCUGAACAACUCUCCCUCCCUUUAAACUUCCCCCACCCCACCCCUUGUUGCUCACCCCAAUCUGCAGAAGCACUUCACACAGUGAUUUGCAUGAUUAGGGAUUGCCCAAGUUCUUAGAUUAGAACUAGAGAGGGAAAUAGACUUUUAUCUAUCCGCUUUCUCCACACCAUACAUAAUUUCACACACCUCAGUUGUGUCCCUUACUCUCCUUCUUUUCCCUAAGCUAAAAAUCCCCAGAUGCUAUAAACCCUCAUGGGUAAAUUGCUCCAGCCCCUUGAUCGUUUUGGCUGCCCUUUCCUCAACCUUUCCCAUUUCUACAAUAUCCUUGUUCACCAAGAGUUUUUCUUUUUGAUUCGAGUGUGAAACAUGAUAGCUUACUGUUCCUGAUUUCAAUAAAAGAUACAAUGCAUAUAUUAGGAGCAUGGGAUUUUGUCUUAUAUCAUGUCACCCUAAACUUAAGAGCAGCUUUGUUUUGUCCUAAUUCCUUGUCCUUCACACGGAUUGUAUAUUAACUUUUUUUGGAUAAACCAUGAAUAGUAGGUAACAGCCCAUAUCUGAGCAUAGUUAGAUAACAAUUAUGGAGGGGUGUGUGUGUGUAUUUAAAUGCUGUGGUUUUGAGAUAUAUGGGGGAAAUUACCACAGAAUUAUAAUAAAUUCUUUUUCUUUAAAGGUCAGCAAUUGUAACUUGUAUCGUCUUGGAAAAAAGAAAGGGCUUCCUAGUCGCAUGGUGGUAUCUAUUUUUGACCCACCUGUCAACUGGCUUCCUCCUGGUUACAUAGUAAAUCAAGACAAGAGUAAUACAGACAAAUGGGAAAAAGAUGAAAUGGUAAGCCUUUGUUGAAAUGCAUGUAAAAUUGAAUGUCUUGGUGUAUAAGUAUAUCAUUACAAGUGAAACAGUCAAAUGGGGUUUCUGCUUCUUAUCAUACUUCAGCAGAAUAUCACCUAUUACAUCUUUGUGUUUAACUCCUCUUAAACCACUGCUUUAAUUAAUAAAAAUAGAGAGCAAAGUCAUGUUGGAAGACUAACAAAGGGCAAUUUGUGGAAAUUGGUUCACUAAUAAAGUGGAAAAGAACAGAAAUACUUGCAGUGAAAAUAUACUGUUAAUAUUUUCCUUGGCCUGCUGUUAGGAAACUCUUAAUGUCCCUCAGGAACAUUUAUCUCUUUGCUAUGAAUGAACAUGAAUACUCAUGAAAAAUAAGGGUUUUUUAAAAUCUAGAUGGCCUUUUUACCUUGGUGCUAGCACCUAUUAUGAAAUGUGUUUUCAGCAAUUCUAGCCUCAUGUGACCAAAAGAGCAAGAUUGUCUGGGUUAAAGAUGUGUGUAUGCAGCUUUUAAUAUGUCUCACUGCAGAGGGUUGUCUUUUAAGAACCCUUCUCUGCCCCAUGCACUUGCUGCAAUGUCGAACACAAGGUGGUUCAGAUGUAGCCCUGACCAUGGUUUGGUGUUACGUGAACUACCAGCCAGUAUCCUCAGGUUCACAUGCUUCUCCCCUCCUCUCAGGAGCAGUAAUUAUCUGCUUCUACAGAUAUAUAAAUAUGCAUGGAAAUGUUUGUAAGACUGCAUGUACAGAUUUGCAUGUUGUUUACUGGACCUAAGCAAUCCUCUUCUCCUUCCAAGAGGGGAUGUAAGGAAAGCUGUGAUUCUACAUUUAUCUUUUCAUAUGCUUGGUUCAUAUGCGACUUGCAUUAUGUUGUGGCUGGUGUGUUUAUCCCAGGGAGUACAAAAGUAAAGGUUUUACUUGUAGUGCUUUCAGAGUGGGGUGUCAUCUUGCUGGCAUUUUGCAAUGGGACUGUUAGCUCGUUAACAUUCAUUAAAUCUUCAUUAAGGAUCAAAAACAUAGAUCUGAACUAGUAUUUGUCUUGCUUUGCCAAAACUGUCACUGCAUAGUGGGAUUUACUGGGGUUCUGAAGCCGUCGCUCAAUUUACUGGAAACACUGACACAGAUAGUGUUUGGACAAAGUCCAGAUGUGUCUAGUACUAUGAGUUGUUUCACUGUUGAGUAAAGAAUAUUGACUGGUAAAAAUAAUCAGAUGUCAAAUUGCUAGAAAGAUUGCUAGACUUCUGCUGAUUCAUUGGUAAUAUAACUUCCUGAAUAAUAGCCUUGUUUCUACUUUAUUAUUUCUUUUUCAAUAUUCAUAUAAAACAGCUCAAUAUGGGGGGGGGGACUGCAGUGGUCCUUUGCUUUAUGAUUUGCUUUCCUCCAUAAAAAGUUAAUAUUUUGAUUAGAAAAAGCAAAUAAUGCUUUAUUUGAGCUCAUCAGUUUUCUGAAAUUCAUAUUUUGACUACAGAGCCACCAGAGGGCACACUGAAAGACUGUUAAUGUUUGCACUGUGAAAUAUUUAUUGUAGAGUAAAACAUUUCAAGUAUACUCACUUCAAACAGUAUUAUUUUAUUAUGCUCUUAAAAUAGAAUGGUUUUAAUGAUAUAACUCGUGCACGUAACAUGUAAUAUAGUUUGUAUGUUAUAAUCUCUUAGCAGCACGUGAGCUGUUAUAGAAAGGGAGGGUACACAAAUUGAGAGGGGGGCAUGAAGGUGGGGGGAUGCUUCUGCCAACACCAUGAAACAACUUGAAGGUAUAUGGAUAGGACAAGCACUCUAGCUGUAUAGAUUGAAUGCACUGAUCAUGGGAAUUCCUCAGGAAAAAAGGGAAGAAGCUGUCCUGUCCAUCUGAGUCUUGUUCACGCACUCUGCAAUAAUAAUAAAAUAAAAAUCUGGGAAUUUUGAGCUUGCCAAAUAAGAACUGUAUUUCUCUCUCUCUCUCUCUCUCUCUCUCUCUCCUGUAUUUCUUUCUCUCUCUCUCUCUCUCUCUCUCUCUCUCUCUGUGUGUGUGUGUGUGUGUGUGAUGUCAUCUUGGCCAAUGGUAAGGGGUGAUGGGAGUUGUAGUCCAACAGUAUCAGGCUAUGCUUGGUAUAUUUCAAAUGUGACGAUGCUAAAAUUGAACCCUAACAUUAUUAUUUUCCCUGUCACUAUUUUCUACAUUGGCAUCUUCUUCAUCCAUCAAGACAUAGCAUCUCUUUCAUAGUCACAGCCUUUUAAGGUCCUGUCAGUUGAUGUUUUUGCUGCAAGAUGGGAGUCAUUCUACACUUACAUUAAACUUGAUCGUCUUUGUUUGGAUUGUUUGGAAGGGCUCUUUGGAACUCUUCAGUUUUCACCUCCUGAAUAGUUUGGUGUCACCCACAAACUUGACCAUCUCAGCACUCACACGACUCCUCAUUGCUCAUGAGCGCGUUAAAAUAACACUAACCCUAGUAAAGAUCAUUGUGAUAAUCCACUGAUUCCCUCCAUUGUGAAAAUGUUCUUUAGCCAGUUACUGAUCCAUAAGAAAACUUGUCCUCUUGCCUCACUAUUGCAGUCAGGAGCCUGUGGUGAGGGUUCCUGAUGCCCAGCUGACCCAUCCCCAGUGCUCUUCCCGCUCGUGGAUGAGAGGGGAGAGCAGCGGGGAUCCUUUGCCCUCUGCCGAGCGUGGGGAGGGCUCCCUGUCCCCGGUGCUCUUCCCACUCGUGGGGGAGCCAGCGCCGGGCUGGGGAAUCCUUUAACUGCUUGGCUGAAGGGGGCAGCAACCGCAUACUCCUCAGCCGACCAGUUAAAAGAUGCAGAGGGAGGAACAAGCUGUAUCGGCACCUCACCAAUGCAGCUUUUCUUUCUCUCUACGCAGUAUGAGGGCAGAUAUAUUGCUGGUGAAACCGCCACUGCUCCUGUCCUGAGUCCCUCUGCUAGCAACGCUCGCUGGAGGAAGUUGCUAGCAGAGGGACUUAGGAGCAGUGGCAGUUUCACCAGUGAUAUACUACUCAGCAAAGCUGACAUUGUGGUCUGCUCCUCAUACCAAUCCUGGCGCUGUGGUCUAAAGCACGGAGCCUCUUUGGGCUCGCCGAUCAAAAGGUCGGUGGUUCGAAUCCCUGCAGCGGAGUGAGCUCCCGUUGCUCUGUCCCAGCUCCUGCCAACCAGUGCAAGUAGAUAAAUAGGUACUGCUGUGGCAGGAAGGUAAACGGUGUUUCCCUGCACUCUGGUUUCCGUCACAGUGUUUCAUGUUGGUUUUUCUUUAUCUUAAAGUGGUCAAUGAUGCUACGCAGGAACGGGGUUGGUUAAUUGAAGCUCACAGGUGUAUGUUUGCAGUUUGACCUACUUAGCGGCACACCUGUGGUCUCUUGACUUUUUCCCUAAUUAGAAAGGGGAGUUACUUUCUGCACCGGAUGCAGGAAGGGAUGUGAUAGGAUAAUUGAUUAUUUGAAAUUGUAUUUAAGUUGAUCAAAUGUUUUGUAAGCUGCUGGUGAGGACUGGUGAUAGCGUGCAGCUUUUGACUGUUACGUUUUCAAAAAUAAAAAUAAGCAAAGAUAUUGCGGACAGCCUUUUAUUUCUAUGCUCCAGUCGCUGCGCACACUGUAUUGACGAAAAAGUCCAAUAUUCCUUUGUGCCUGUAGCAGUUUAGUCACGCUAGCCACAUGAGCCGGAAAGCUGUCUGCGGACAAACACUGGCUCCCUCGGCCUGAAAGCGAGAUCAGUGCUGCAACCCUUAGCUGACUGGACUUAACCGUCCAGGGGUCCUUUACCUUUACCUUUUAUUGAUAUGUUGCCCAGGCCUAUUGCUCAGGUCACCUAACCGUCCAAAGCAGAUUUGGGAGGCAUACAAGGGACUGCAGGGAUGAGAAAACCCAAUGUUCAAUUGUCCAUUCAUAUUACUGGUACACAGGCACAAUUGGAUGUCCCUCAUUGUCUCUUCUUACUCUGUUGUAAAAACGAGAGAGCAUUGGAAAGGAAAUGGCUUGAUUGUAUCAAUGUGGCUUGUUUCUGUUGGGAUGUAUUUCAGUCUUAGCUUCGUUUACUUUGCAGAUUUGAAUACAGUAUCAUUCUUGUCCUAAAUCAUAAUUGAAAAACACUGUGUUGGUAGAAUAUCCAAAAUGUUAUGUAUUAAAACUAAAAAAAAUCACAAUUUGUUGUGAUUCCCCCCCACCCCAAAUAUAAUAUGUAUCUGAAAGCUAAAACUUUCUUUAAACCGGUGGCAUUUACCAAGCUAUCAAAUUCCUAGCAUGGUGUUUCAGUACUAUCCGAGUAAUUGUUUACAUCAGUGUCAACCCCUGCUUAAAAUAUUUGGUCUACAGCUCUUGCAUCUGUUUAUAGAUAUAAUUUAACAAUAGUCUAAACUGGUUUCAUUCAUGCUGAGCAAAUCGGCUUCUCACUGAUUUGCAAAAAGCUCUAUUUACUAAAGUGAGAAAUUGACAUUUUUCUGCUUAAGCACAAUAUAAUUGCAGUAGUCCAAGAUAAUAGAGAUUUCUGUUUUCGCUAUAGUUUUGCUGUGCCACAUUCUGAGACAAACUUUCCAAAAAGGACUGAAACCACUGUAGAACAGUGUCUCCCAGUGCCUAGCAUUGUUUCUAGGUGGUUCAGGCAUCUAUAGUUCUUAGACAGCAUAAAUAAUAAUGUAUUUAGAUCUAAUGUAGGAGAGAAAGAGAAAAAAAGAAAGAAAGAAAGAGAAAGAAAGAAAGGCAUAGUUAAUACUGUCCAUAACCAUUUUAUUGUGAUGCUGUGGAAUUAUUUUUGUAAUUAAACUAAGUGGCCCUUCCUGUUUUAUUUUUUUCCUACUUUCAGGCAAAAGAGGGAUUGAUGUCUAAUGGAAAACUUGAUGAUGAUUAUGAUGAUGACGAUGACGACGACUUAAUGUGGCGAGUACCCAAGGAGGAAGCUGACUUUGAGGAUGACUUUAUGGAAUACGAUCAGGAGCAUAUCAAAUUCAUUGACAAUAUGUUAAUGGGUUCUGGAGCAUUUGUGAAGAAAAUAUCCCUUUCCCCAUUUUCACCCACUGAUAACAGUUAUGAAUGGAAAGCACCCAAAAAAUCAACCUUGACUAAUGUCCAGUUUGCAUCAGAUUUUGAUGAUUUUGAUUACAGCUCCUGGGAUGCAAUGUGCUAUCUAGACCCUAGCAAGGCUGUUGAAGAGGAUGACUUUGUAGUGGGUUUCUGGAAUCCAUCAGAGGAAAAUUGUGGUAUUGAUGCUGGAAAACAGUCCAUCUCCUAUGACUUACAUACAGAACAAUGCAUUGCUGACAAAAGCAUUGCAGACUGUGUGGAAGCCCUUCUGGGCUGCUAUCUGACCAGCUGCGGUGAAAGAGCUGCCCAGCUUUUCCUCUGUUCACUGGGGCUAAAAGUGCUUCCGGUUAUUAAGAAAACUGAUUGGGAGAGUGCUCUGUAUUCCUACAGAGAGCAUUUUAACCACCAGCAGAAACAUUCUUCAGCAAUCUGUGUUUCUGCCUCUCUAGCCAAUCAAGAGUCUUCUCUGUAUAAAGACUUGAUGUAUGGCUGUUUAAAGAUUCCUCCAAGAUGUAUGUUUGAUCAUCCAGAUGCUGAGCGAACCUUACAUCACCUUAUAUCUGGCUUUGAAAACUUCGAGAAGAAAAUUAGCUACAGUUUUAAGAAUAAGGCUUAUCUACUUCAGGCAUUUACUCAUGCCUCCUAUCAUUACAACACCAUUACUGGUAAGUCAUGUGAAAAAUCCCUUUUUGCAUUAAGCUUACAUGCCUGAAGAGAUGCAGAUUAUCUGGGAGGAUUGUUAAUUAUAUUGCUAUCUAUUUCUUGCCAAUCCCUCAACCCUUGUGUGUUAAGAUUGUUACCAGCGGUUGGAAUUCCUGGGAGAUGCAAUUUUGGACUACCUCAUAACCAAGCACCUUUACGAAGACCCACGGCAGCACUCUCCUGGAGUUCUAACAGACCUGCGAUCUGCUCUUGUUAACAAUACCAUCUUUGCCUCAUUGGCUGUAAAGUACGACUACCACAAAUACUUCAAAGCUGUGUCUCCCGAGCUGUUUCAUGUUAUUGAUGACUUUGUGCAGUUUCAGAUGGAAAAAAAUGAAAUGCAAGGAAUGGAUUCCGAGGUUAGUGGCACCGGAAAAUCAUUUGUGUGUGUUGAAGCUCAUUUUAGUGUGAGUUUAUAUUGAAGAAUUUAAACAUCUAGCACAACAUGGCAAGAUCAAGUAGAGGCUUUCUACUGAAUAGGACAUUGUGAACAGCAACUAGAUAUCGGAUUCUGGCUGCAUUCUAAAUUUCAUCCUUGUCUGCGCCACAUACAAGCAAGGACUUUUGUCACACUAUUUCAGAAUUAUUGUGAACUACUGACCCUAUGACCAGGGCUGUGUGUUGCAUAUUUUUUUUUAAAAAAAUAAACUUUGUGGUCAAGUAGUUCAAAUUCUGUGCCAAUAAAAACAGAGUUCUGAGACCAGUAUAAAUUACUUAAAUGGAGCAUAUUUACACCAUUUCUCUUGCAUAAUGCUGCAAUUUUGCAUAUAAUUCUUGGAGGUUUUUUUAGUUGGGAAUGGGGGACACUGAAGCCUAUUCCCACUCACUGAUAUCUUAGUCACCCUCUUGCUUCUCAGACUUUAACAGGCAUCGCUCAAACAUUUCUUCACAGCUGUAAGAACAGAAAACUUUUAAGAAAAAGAAGGCUGAUCUCAAGGAACUUGAAUAGCACACAGAAGGAGGACUAGAUAGCGAAGCUAGCUUAAUACCAGUUUAAUGUCAGACUUUUGUUUAAUCCAUUCUUGCUCGUCUAGAAGUUGAAAAUUUGCAGUUCUGAGUGAAUAAAUCCUUUUUAAUUGAAAAUUUGCAACAAUUUUGUAACACCGUUUUGUUUUGGUAUUUGCUUUAGCUCCGAAGAUCUGAAGAAGAUGAAGAAAAAGAGGAGGACAUAGAAGUACCAAAGGCCAUGGGGGAUAUAUUUGAGUCACUCGCUGGUGCCAUUUACAUGGAUAGUGGAAUGUCUCUUGAAAUGGUUUGGCAAGUGUACUAUCCAAUGAUGAGGCCAUUAAUAGGUAACAUUGGAGCUCUCGGAAGAAAUGUUCAGUAAUUCAUUGUUUGUUGUUAAUAGGGUUUACAAACAUGUUGUUGUUGUUUUUAAUCACAGAGAAAUUCUCUGCAAAUGUGCCCCGUUCCCCAGUACGAGAGCUGCUGGAAAUGGAGCCAGAGACAGCUAAAUUUAGGUAAGAAUUAAUCUGCUUAAUAUUUCUGUAAAAUAUUCCUGAAGUCAUGCACCUUGCAAUGGAUUAUAAUUGUGUUUUACUGUAUAAUAGGAAUUAUAUUUGUAUUAUUAAAAAAACCCCUGUAUUUUAAAAUUGCUGCAUUUUAAAAUUGUUUGUGACCUUAUAUUGAAGGGCAGGUAAGAAAUUGAGUUAAUAGUAAUAUGUGAUGUCGAGCUAAACAGCUCUGCUGGCACAACUUUUUUUUUUUUUUUUGCCUAACAGUGGACCUCCUCCUCUUGCUGUACACCCCUUUAAUAUGUUCUAGGGUUUCCUCCAGUACUUUGGAGCAGAUUUAGGGACCGGAGGGGAGAAGGAGUGGGAUGUUCUGCUGCACAGUUAGAAGUGCGUCUGCUAGUAGAACUGCUUAGCUGGAUGCCACCCAGUGUCCUUGUAAUAAGUUUAAUGACAUACUCUUCUGGAAAAGAAAUCUCAAAACUGAGGAAAAACAGUAACGAACUUCCAACUACACUUUUGCUUCCAUUUGAAGUAUGUGAAGGGCUUUUGUUUCCUCCCAUUGGAUGCAUGUGUGUAUAUGUACACAAUGUCUUUAUACUUCAUGCAUCCCUGCAGUAGGCUGUUGCUUCUACAAAAGCUCAUGUUGCAAUAAAUUGUGUUUCACGGGACCGUACACUGUUUCAGAUUAACAUGGUUAUUCUUCCGGAAUUGAUUCCACUUUGAGUAUCUUUGUUUUAAUUGGCAUAUGUGUUUAUUUCUGUUUUUCCUGCUUCCCCCUCCACUCACGCAGUCCUGCGGAAAGAACCUACGAUGGAAAGGUCAGAGUAACUGUGGAAGUUGUAGGAAAGGGAAAGUUCAAAGGUGUUGGAAGAAGCUAUCGGAUCGCCAAAUCUGCUGCAGCAAGAAGAGCUCUACGAAGCCUCAAAGCAAAUCAACCUCAGGUUCCAAAUAGCUGA